UUCUUUCUGUAGACUAAUACACGGACCCAAGAUUUGUGAACCCGUCAAAUUUGAUGUCCCAAAACAGCCAGAUAAUGUUCAAAUAUCCAUGAGAGCCGGACAAACCAAGGAACUGGAGGUCAAUUGUUCAUUCAGGUUGGAUUUCCCAAUUCCUCGUAGAAAAGAGAACGUUCCUCCACAAGUAGGAGUACAACACGGUGCAACAAGUUUACCGGCGCAGCAGACAUCAGAUGAAACCUUACGGAUCAAUCCAGCUCGAGAGAGGGACUUUGAUGACAUUCUAGAAACCGUUGCAGAAAAGGUUGCCUCACGUCAAGAUAUACAUGAUUUGGGAAAGGCUCUUGGCUUUGGACCAGAGGAUAUCGACCGUUAUGUUGAGGAGAACAAGAAAGAGACAGGCGUGUCGUGCAUGGGAACUCUUUCAAUGCUCCGUAAGUGGAGAAAAAAGCAAACAAAGAAUACAGAGCUGAAAGCCUUGCAGACUGCUCUAGAAGAGGCUGGUGAAACCCGUCUCGCUGAUGAACUAUUUGGUGAAUGAUUGAAUGGACCUCAUGAUUUUUGUGAACUAUGAACUAUGUUGUUCAAUGGAGGAUUAGAUAGAGGCAGUCAGUUGGCAGGUCCUCAAAAAGUAGCUUCUUUUAUCCUAGUGAUAUUCAUGAUUAGAGGGUGUUUGCAUUAUGUUCAUGCAUUAUUUUAAUUAUUUCAAGUUGUUGUUUUACACUUAAUUUCUGUUUGAGCCAGAAUGAUCUUUAGAUUAUGAUAAAGCUAAAGAUCUUAGCUUUAAUAUGAUAUUAGUUUUAUAAGAAGAAGUAUUUUAGAUGGGUCACCAGCCAGCUUUUCAUAGGCCAAGUACAUUUAGCAGCUUAUUAAACAAGAAUACUUCACUCCGAUUUGUCAAAGAGACCACACACCCACGCAAAUUCCAACGUUUCCACACUGGUCAUCUGCAAGGUCACACGCACAAUGUGGUUACCUCUUCGAAUUACCCGCGCCUGUUGUUUUAAAAACAUUAUUCACCCAAUAAGAACUCUGGAUUUUAUGCUACUCAGAAAUUCCAGAAAUUUCCUCUCGUAUCUUGAUGGAAAAAGUUUGGUGCUGACCCAUCUAAGAGGUGCCACAUACAGAAGAAGAAAAUUCCGUUUGAGGCAUCUAUUCAGGCCUGAAAUUCACUUAUCAAAUCAUUUUAUUCAAAAGAAACGACCAAUAUAAAAGAGUAACAUUUACCCUUUCCUAUGGUACAAGAAUAAUCAAUAUUAUUUGAAUAGAAAGAGGUUAAAUUCUUUGAGAUUUGAAGUCUCACAAUUCACGAGAUUGUGCAGGAAUACCUUGCUCAAUUGCUUACUAGCAUAGGGAAAGAAACAGAUAGAAUGAGAGAAAGAUAAACAAGAUGAGUUUAAUAUGACGUUUGUAGCUGAGAAGGGGUGUGCGAACAUGCACGGAUGAGGAUGUGUCUGUGUGUGUAAGAUCAAAUGUUAUUGAUUCGUUGCGUUUAUUGGAGUAUGUGUGUGUGAGGGUGUGUGCGGGUAAGUGUGUGUGUAAUUGACGCAGCUGAUUGCAAGGUGUUUAUUUGCAUUUUAUGAAUAUUGUAUCAUAGAGUCAAUGCAGUUCAUUGAAAUAAUCUGAUCUGAAGUUUUUUAAUAUGUAUUUGGUUAUGUUAACGAAAUUCUUGGAAACUCAUUAAUUCAUGAUUUAUGUACUGUAUUUCAAAAUGAUGAAAUACACAUUUUUAAUUAUUUUCUUAUUUGGAUAUGUACUAAAAUUUGAUACGCAGAGAGGCAUUGCAAGUUGUCGUAAUAUAUAUUUUGUACUGUAUUUAUUGAUUUUCUGUACAUAGUGAAAUAUAUCACAAAGGAUGCCAAUCAUGAAAAUUGAUAACAAAAUAGAAAAGAGAACAAAUUUGAACUUUAUCAAAUGGUCGAACUGCCUUUGCGAACGUACACGGAUGAGCGUGUGUCUGUGUGUGUAAGAUCAAAUGAUAUUGAUUCGUUGUGUUUAUGGGAGUAGGGGUAUGUGAAGGUAUGUGAGUGUGUGUGUGUAAGGGCAGGCAUGUUUUAAUUUAAAUUUAAUUUAAAGCUGAUUGAAAGGUUUUUA